AUGGCAAUGGAAGCUGAUGUCAAUGAGGAGGAGGAUCUUGGCAACUCGGCUCAACCAUCCCCCAGUCAACCCAUCCCAAAAAGGAUCCGCGAAGGCAAGAAUGAUAUCUUGAGCAAUGGGAUCACCGGGCUCAUUUCUGCCAUCGGAAAGGCUUCGGAGGGAUCCAAAGACCUUGUUGGAGCAAUGCUAUCUAUUGCCUCUAACCAAAAUCAUUCUUCCAGACUUACCAAUACCUCACCCACCACCAACAAAAGCUCAUCCAAAUGUGCCCUUGAAAAACUUCAGCAAAUGUUUGGAGACAACAUCCCGGACGAUGAGUUUGUUGACUACAUCAGCAUCAUUGAAGAUAACAGCAAAGCACGAACCUUCCUGAAGUUAGUUCAAACAACCUUGCCAAACAUAGUCCAAAAGUGGCUUGCCAAAGAGGUUCUUGUGCAAACACAAGCUCGUGCCAAGGAGCUUCUCGCGUGA